AUGGUCGUCGCUACUAUCAAGUGUGUGGUGGUCGGUGACGGUGCCGUGGGUAAAACAUGCUUGCUCAUCUCCUACACGACCAACAAGUUUCCCUCUGAAUAUGUGCCUACCGUCUUUGACAACUAUGCUGUGACGGUCAUGAUCGGCGAUGAACCCUAUACUUUGGGGCUGUUCGAUACUGCCGGUCAGGAGGAUUAUGAUCGUCUCCGUCCCUUGUCGUACCCUCAGACCGACGUCUUCCUCGUCUGCUUCUCCGUCACCUCACCCGCCUCAUUUGAGAACGUACGGGAAAAAUGGUUCCCCGAGGUGCAUCACCAUUGUCCCGGUGUGCCGUGCUUGAUCGUGGGUACCCAGACCGAUUUGCGGGAUGAUGCUAGUGUUCGCGAGAAGCUGGCCCGCCAGAAGAUGCAGCCCAUUCGGAAGGAGGACGGUGAUCGGAUGGCGAAGGAACUGGGUGCGGUGAAAUAUGUCGAGUGCUCUGCUCUGACGCAGUACAAGUUGAAAGACGUCUUCGACGAGGCCAUCGUUGCUGCCCUCGAGCCGGCGCCCAAGAAGAAGUCCAGAGGCUGCCGCCUGCUGUAA